GCCGGCGCUGCCGAGGCCUGGCCCCUCGAUCCGGGUAUCGCCGCCCCGGGGCGGUGCCGCUGCCGCCCCCUGUGCCGCGGCGGGAGAGCUGCGGGCUCCUGGGCCGGAUCGCCGCUGCUCCCGGCUCGGCUCUGCUCGGCUCGGCCGGCCGUACGAGUGUGCGGAAAUGGCUCCCUUGGAAAAUAAAGGACUAAUACUGGGCAUAAUGGCAGGGACUGCUGGAUUAAGCCUGGUACUGAUUUGGUAUCGCAAGAUCCGAAAGCCUGGUGCAGCUGUGCGUGUASGUGCUUUCCAGGAUAUAGGUAACAGAAUUAAUUCUGUGGUUUUGCAAAAUGAGGCUCCUAAUGAACAAGGAGCAGUAAUGGUUUUACAUGGAAGGCAACUGCAGAUACUAGAAAAAUUGAAUGGCCUGCUGCUAAGUGUAGACGAACUGAAGAGAGAGGUGGAAUUUCUGAAAGAAGCUAUUCCUAAGCUUGAAGAACUUGUUCGAAAUGAGCUUCAAGGAAAGGGCGAUGUUCAGAGAGUUAGCCCAUCGCACAGAGCAACAAGGCGGAGAAAAGCGGAGACAGCUUCUGGUGCAAAAGAAACUACCAGCUCUGAGGAGGCAGAAAGUGAAGGAGGUUACCUUACUGCUCAUACUGAUUCUGAAGGAGACUCGGAGGAGGAAAAGAGAUGUAUAAAACCAUCUGAUGCCAUGGUGAAAUCAAAAGAAGAAGAAGACUUAUUUAACUUUUUACAGCAGGUGGACAAUUUGCACAAGGGUUCAGAGGAUGAUAAAAAGGAGGGCUUCAGACUCCUGCUUGAGAAAGAUUGCAAGUAUGAAAACUGUGUGGACUUUCUUUGGAGACUUGCACGUGCUUAUGGAGAUCUGUUUGAGAUGACUACUGAUGCUGAGGAGAAGAGGAAAUAUGUAAUUGAUGGAAAGAUUAAAGCUGAAAGGGCUGUUCAGUUGGAUGCUGGGAGUGCUGAGAGUCACCAGUGGUUUGCAAUUAUGUGUGGCUAUAUGUCUCAGUUUGAAAGUGUACAAAACAAAAUCAGGAAUGGUUAUCUCUUUAAGGAGCACCUAGACAAGGCAAUUGAACUUAAGCCUCAAGAUCCCUUUUUAUAUUACCUAAAUGGAAGAUGGUGCUAUUCAGUAGCUCAGUUGUCUUGGAUUGAAAAGAAAGUAGCUGCUGCUCUCUUUGGUACUCCACCAACUUCAACAGUAGAAGAAGCAUUGCAGAAUUUCCUUAAGGCAGAAGAAAUGCAUCCAGGAUAUUCCAAAUGUAAUUAUGUGUAUUUGGCAAAGUGCUAUAAAGAUCUUGGCCAGAAAAACAAUGCACUGAAGUACUGUGAUUCUGCACUGUCAAUUCUCUCAGUUACUAAUGAGGAUAAAGAGGCCCAGAAAGACUUAGAGGCUUUACUUCUCACACUGAAGCUCUGAUAUUACAUACUUUUAACUCUUCAUGCUGUAAUAAAAUUGCAAAACUAAGAUGAGAAUCUACAGUGACUGGAAACUGCGGGUGAAUUUCAGCUAASUCAAUGGAAAAACAGUCAUUGAUUUUGGUUGGCCUUUAAGUGUUGGGUGAUUAUGAUAUUAAAAUAAUACAUUCAUUUUUGAUUA